UGGUUUUCUUGCUGUUUUCACAGAGCCUGAGCCCUUGUGAAGCUGGCAAUGACAAGUCUGAAUGGUCGCCAUGCCGAAAAAAUCAUUGACAUGCCAAAACCAUCAGCCCCCAGAGUGCAUGUGCAGAGGUCCGUGUCCCGAGACACUAUCGCCAUUCACUUCUCGGCAUCCGGGGAGGAGGAGGAGGAAGAGGAGGAGGAGUUCAGGGAGUACCUCGAGGAGGGGCUGGACGACCAAAGCAUUGUAACAGGGCUCGAGGCCAAGGAAGACCUCUGUUUUGAACCCCAGGGUGGCUAUGACCCCGCUGGCCCUGCCGCUCAGCCUGUCCUGGCAGAUGGACUAUCUCCUGCCAUUUUGCCCGUCUCCCAGAACACUGCAAAGCUGUUGGAGUCCCCUCCUCCAGCAGUGCAAGUAUUAAGUACAGUGCCAUUGGCUCUGUCCCCAGGGUCGUCUUUGUUGGGGCCCUUAGCUAGCUCUCCCAGUGUGUCCUCCCUUUCUGAGCAGAAAACCGGUUCUUCCUCCCCACUGUCCUCUCCUUCCAAGUCUCCUGUCCUCUCAUCCAGUGCCUCAUCCUCCACACUUUCCAGCACAAAACCCUUCAUGAGCCUUGUGAAGUCCCUGUCCACUGAGGUGGAGCCAAAAGAAUCCCUACACCCCUCAAGGCACAGACACUUGAUGAAGACAUUAGUCAAGUCUCUGUCCACAGACACCUCCAGGCAGGAGUCAGAUACUGUGUCCUAUAAACCGCCUGACUCCAAGCUGAAUUUACACCUGUUCAAGCAGUUCACACAGCCACGAAACACAGGUGGAGAUUCCAAAACUGCACCUUCUUCCCCACUGACUUCUCCCUCCGAUACGCGCUCCUUUUUUAAAGUGCCCGAAAUGGAGGCUAAAAUCGAAGACACUAAACGACGCCUUUCAGAAGUCAUAUAUGAGCCUUUUCAGCUCCUUAGUAAAAUUAUAGGGGAAGAAAGUGGCAGCCAUAGGCCCAAAGCCUUAUCUUCAAGUGCUUCAGAACUCUCCAAUCUGUCCAGCCUGAACGGUCUCUUAGAAAGCAAUAACAACUACAGCAUCAAGGAAGAGGAGUGUGAUUCCGAGGGGGAUGACUAUCCAGGCGAUCCCAGCAUCCCCAGAAGUGACCCCCCGAAGUCCACUGAUGAGCCUGCAAGAGAGGCAGAACUGAAAAGUUCCCAGGUGAGCAGUCUAAAGGAUUUAGGCCUGAAGACAAGUUCUCUAGUUCUUGAGAAAUGUUCUUUGUCUGCCUUAGUGAGCAAAGAAGAUGAAGAGUUUUGUGAACUGUACACUGAGGACUUUGAUUUGGAAACGGAGGGGGAGAGUAAAGUUGAUAAGCUCCCAGAUAUCCCUCUCAAGCCAGAGGUGCUGGUAGACGAUGGCACGGCUCUUGACAGUGACGAUGAGAUGGCCUCCGCCGUGCAGCACCCGGAAUUACCAGUGAAGACGCUGGGCUUCUUUAUAAUGUGUGUCUAUGCGUACCUCAUCCUUCCCCUCCCCCAUUAUGUGAAUGGACUCUUUCUGGGAAUUGGCCUUGGAUUCAUGACUGCAGUUUGCGUGAUUUGGUUUUUUACACCACCAAGUGCUCAUAAAUAUCACAGAUUACGUAAAAAUCUACAACACUGGAACACAAAAUCUCUGGAUAUCAAAGAACCUGAGAUACUAAAGGGAUGGAUGAAUGAGAUUUACAACUAUGAUCCAGAAACUUACCAUGCAACUUUGACACAUUCAGUCUUUGUUCGACUUGAGGGUGGGACCUUAAGACUUUCAAAGCCCAAUAAAAAUAUAUCCAGAAGGGCAAGCUACAAUGAAGCAAAGCCAGAGGUCACCUACGUCAGCCAGAAAAUCUAUGAACUCUCAGACAGCAAGAUUUAUCUUGUACCUAAAAGUUUGGCUCGAAAACGAAUAUGGAAUAAAAAGUACCCCAUUUGUAUCGAGCUUGGUCGACAAGAUGAUUUCAUGUCUAAGGCCCAGAGUGAUAAAGAGAAUUCUGAAGAUAAGCCACCAGCUGAGAGAGAUCUGGGAGGCGAGGACCCUAAGAAGCCACCCCAUUCUCAGGAGGGAACAAGAUCUAGCCAGCGAGAUCAGAUACUGUAUCUCUUUGGAAGAACUGGCCGAGAAAAAGAGGAAUGGUUUAGAAGAUUUAUUCUGGCAUCUAAGCCGAAGUCGGAAAUCAAGAAGCCACCUGGUAUCUCUGGAAGUAAACCAGGGGUUUUGCCCUCACACAGCAGGCACAACAGUCCCUCCGGGCACCUGACCCACAGCCGCAGCAGCAGCAAAGGCAGCGUGGAGGAGAUUAUGUCCCAGCCAAAGCAGAAGGAGCUGGUGGGCAAUGUGCGGCAGAAGAUGCUUCUGGACUACAGCGUGUACAUGGCCAGAUGUGUCCCCCAAGAAAACCAGAGUCCCCAAAGGAGCCCUGUACUGAGUGCGGAGAGCAGCCCCACAGCUGGGAAAAAGUUGCCAGAGGCUCCACCCUCGGAGGAGGAAGAACAGGAAGCCUGGGUGAAUGCCUUACUUGGAAGAAUGUUUUGGGACUUCUUAGGAGAGAAAUAUUGGUCUGAUCUGGUAUCUAAGAAAAUCCAAAUGAAACUCAGCAAAAUAAAGCUCCCCUACUUUAUGAACGAGCUAACUCUGACAGAACUUGACAUGGGGAUGGCUGUGCCAAAAAUCCUUCAGGCCUUCAAGCCUUAUGUUGAUCACCAAGGACUCUGGAUCGAUUUGGAAAUGUCCUACAAUGGGUCCUUUCUGAUGACUCUCGAGACCAAAAUGAAUUUGACCAAACUAGGUAAAGAGCCUCUUGUGGAAGCCCUGAAGGUUGGAGAAAUUGGCAAAGAAGGUUGCAGGCCCAGGGCGUACUGUCUGGCCGACAGCGAUGAGGAGUCCUCCAGUGCUGGCUCCUCUGAUGAAGAUGAUGCACCAGAGCCCAGUGCGGGAGACAAACCGCUUCUCCCAGGGGCCGAAGGGUAUGUUGGAGGUCAUCGAACAAGUAAGAUUAUGAGGUUUGUGGAUAAAAUUACCAAGUCAAAAUAUUUCCAAAAAGCAACAGAGACAGAGUUCAUUAAAAAGAAGAUUGAAGAAGUCUCCAAUACACCCUUGCUGCUAACUGUUGAAGUACAAGAAUGUAGAGGAACCUUGGCGGUCAACAUUCCACCUCCCCCGACUGACCGAAUAUGGUAUGGUUUCCGGAAGCCACCAUUUGUAGAGCUGAAAGCUCGGCCAAAACUUGGAGAGAGGGAAGUGACUUUAGUUCAUGUGACAGACUGGAUAGAGAAGAAACUGGAACAAGAGUUUCAGAAAGUUUUUGUCAUGCCAAACAUGGAUGAUGUUUAUAUCCCUAUAAUGCACUCAGCCAUGGACCCUCGCUCCACUUCCAGUCUCCUGAAAGACCCACUUGUGGAGGCUGCUGAUCAGCUGUGAUGGGUGAAGAUCUGUUCCCAGUAUUCUGAGAUCUCACUCAAGGUGUGGGGUUCUUGGCUGCCAUCUGUGCUGUAGCACUGGCUUUUCCUUGUGCCACAGUUCUACCCUCUGCCUGCCAUGGCCCAUUCUACCAUCAGGUGUCAUUCCACACGUCCAGUGACUGGUGUCUAGAUUGUCUGCUGCAGAGCUUUAACUCAGAAAGGAGACUGUGGAAGCAUCAUCAUGGUGGAUCCGGAGGUGACAGGUGAAUCACACCAUGGCUUUUUUGAGUCUACCAGUUUUUGUGGCAGCAAAAGAGCAAAUUAAGAGCAAAGCUGUACAACUGGAAGGCUUCCCCUUGCCUUCUCGCCUCCAAAGCUUUUCCUCAGGCAGCCAGCGCACAGUGGAACAUUUUCUCACUUCUACAGUUUGUGUGUGAUACAGCCUUCUAAACUCCAGAGAUCUCAAUUCAGUAACGUGUGGGGAGUGGCAUUUUGUGAACCAUUUCAUUGGUGAUAAAGAGAUAUGCAUAGCAACUUACUUUUCAUAUUAAAUUCUGCGUUUUGGAAGCAAGUAGCCAUAGAACAUACACACACCCUAACACACUAUCAGCUGGGGUGGGGACAGUGGGAUCUUUGUGAAAAUUAGGCAAAGCCAUGAGAUCAAACCAUCCCAAGCCUUUUACCAAUAAGAUACAGUCACCUGAUUUCUGAUCCCAAAUGUUUUCCCGAGACUUGAGCAUAUGUGAAAACGUCAUACAUGGCACAUGACUGGAUUGGGGUGGGGCCAGAAAGCCAGGCCAGUCUUUCCAUCUGGCACUUUGUGUGCUCCGGGAAGCUUUAUAUAGGCAUCUAAAUGCUUUGUUAAUCUAACCGGUUUGGGAUGUUUUGUGGGCAGUUUCCUUUUCUGAUGGCCAAAACGGAGAGCUGCUAAUGAUCAUCAUGAGGGUCAAGACCAAGUUUGCUCAACAUCAUACACUACAUAUCUCAAAAUUAAUGUGACCUUUAAUGUUGCCAACUUAUUUUGUGCAUUUGUGUCAGAAUGUUUGGUUUACAAGUUUGGGGGCUCUAAGUGUAUAAUUUGCUUUGAGAAGUACACUUAAAAACACCAUUUCUUAUUGUUUAAAGCUGCAUUCAGUAUCAAAAUUACCUUGGGUAACUUUUGAUAACUUACAUAUGUGGACAAAGCUAAUAGUGGUUUUUUAAACAGCACCUUGCCUGAACAUGACUUUAAAGAAAUUAAUAUAUUGAAAAAAUAUUUGAACCCUUAUUUGAUUACUUUAAUUGUACCAUUAAAACAUUUGAUUUAAA